AUGCCACCAGAUGUGAACCUUGAAGCUGCAAUCAAGGCUGAACAAGCAGUUUGGAAUGUGCUGCCUGAGAUCAAGAAGACUCAACAUCUGAACAUUGUUCAGAUGUACCAAAUGGCCGGCAUUGAAAGAAACCUGGCACUGCUGGAUCCGAAGGUAGAGACACCAGUUCCCUUGCCCAAGAAGGCAACCCCGAUCCCAGCUUGGCACUCCCAGUUGAGGGUUUCCAUCUCUGCCGCUGCUUCUUUGCCUUCUCUGCCUCCCAAGUCCCCAUCUGUGGUCAAGUCGACGCCUGCUCCUGAUGACAAUAAGAAGAAGCCUGGCAAGAUGCCGAAGAAUGAGCUCAGUGAGGAGCUCCUGGCUCUGGCUGCCAAAGCCAAGCCUGAUCUGUUGCCCAUGGUACUCCAGUCUCAUAUGUUGAGGGCACUUGAUGGCACAACCAAGGCCACUCAGACAUCUGCUGAGUUCAAUGUUCUGCUCAAUCUGGAUCAUCUCUGUGGGGACCACCUGUCCAUCAUGGACAUUUGUUUAUCUCCUGUCUGGCCGGUGUUGUACUUCAUGAAGGUGAAAGGAUUCAAGAACAUAAACCUUCCAAGUCCUACACAAGAAUCCCAUUCCUUGCGACAUGUGCAGCUCCAAUAA